CAAUUUGCAUUUGGUGUGUGUGUGUGUUUAGACUGUACCAGACAAAUGGAGACCAAAGACAAGUCAAGGCCCAAUGUGUUUGCAGUUGGUCCUGUGUUUGACGAUGGUUCCACCAGAACUUACUACAUCAGCUGCCGUAAGUAGAGAUUCUCACACCAUAUACAAUGACAUUCAUGAGGAUAUUCACUGAAUAUCUAUGUCCAGCAAGACAGAAGGCUGAAAUAGCAUGUUCCGGGGCAUAUUCAUUUUUGAUGAAUGCUCUGUGUGGUUUUGAACCCCCUCCUACCACCCAAAGCGUCAACCUUACCCUCCCUUCUUUCUUUCUUCUCCUCCCGCCCUCCCUUUGUCUCUCCAUCUCUACAUUUCUUCCUCCCCACUCCCCUUCCCUCUCUCAUCUCUUCUGUCCAUCUCCCCGCCCAGCCUGUCAACAGACUAUGCAAGAGUGGAUGGCAGUGAUAGAUGCUGCCAUUCAGGGGGUUCCAGAGCAGGCUCAUAGACGUAGACAGACAAUCUGCCACAAGUUCAGCUCCAGUAGAAAGGUCCAAGGUGGGUCUGAGACUCUGCCACGCCAGACCUCAGCAUACCUCCAGAGAGAGGAGUCACUGGGGAGCUCUCUUGGAGUCGAGGCCCUCACUCUCUCCUCCUCCCGACCUCCGGACAACGACGGGGCCACCUUCGACCCUUCCGAAAUCCACCAUGAGGACCUCAGUGAUGAGGAGCUACUGGAAGACUUGGAAGAUGAGAUGGAGAGUGGGGAUGAAGAGGGAGGAGAGGGAGAGGAGUUGGGGGCAGGAGAGAGACGGAGGGCGAGGCACGAGGCGGCCACUCCUGAUUCUCACCUCAGUCCAGACGCCAGACUCAGACUCUAUGAGAACCAGAGGUGGAGGAUGGAGCACUGGUCGGAGCUGUGUCGGAUGGCCAAGACAGCCAAAUGGAAGAAGGUGGACACACACGAUGGAGUGACGCUGGCCAGGAGCAAGUUUGGUCGAGGUACUCGCGGUCACGCGGUUAUCAAAGUGGAGGGAGUGCUGGCUGCUGACCCAGCCACAGUCUAUCAGUUCCUGCAGCUGACUACCAGAGAGGGGGGAAAGCUGGAUUAUAUCUUCAGAAACGAGCUGCUCCUGGACGCCAUAGAAGAGGAGCCAAAGGCGAGUCUCAUCUACAACCAGUUUCAUCCGCCAUUACCACGCAUCUCCCGGAGAGAUCUGGUGGCUCUGAAGAUGUGGGUUCCCCAGUUUCUCACUCAGAGCAAAGAGUCAGGAUUUGUGAUGGUCUCUAUUGAUCACCCAAAUGCCCCUGAGCCCCAGAAGGAUUCUCGAAGGAUGCACAUUGGUCCAUCUGGUAUCAUUCUAUCACCAUAUCCUGGACCAGAUGGGGCAGUCCACACCCAGGCAGUGAUUCUCAUGCAGCUGGCCUUCUUUGGAGCUCUCCACAGAAUGCUCAAGGGAGCCUACAACUCUGGUCUGCUGAAGCUGGGUCUGAGGUCUACCUUCACACACAUCUCAGAGCAACUGCAGAGAUUUGUGGAACUUGUCAACAUGUAGCCUCACUCUGUAGUCAUAAUAUAGACAGAAUUACUAUAUAGACACCCUGGUCUUCUCAUAACUGUUUUGUAAACACCCUAGAUGUCUAUCUAAAUCCCAAAACAGUUUUAGUCUCGAAAGCUCGCUCCCGCUCGCCAAUAAAAGAAAAGUCCGCUCAAACGAAGGACUAGGUUGGCUCGCUCAAUAAUAGACGUGACGGCUGGUCACGUGAAGGUGACUUCCAACUUUUCUACGCUCUCCAGUUUUUUGUGGUUAGUCCAGCGUCGAGUCGCAGUAUCCGUAGAGCCACCACCAAACAUGUCAGGUUAGCCCCCACCGCGACUUGUAUACAUGUACUACGUUAACCCUGCUGCCCUCUCUGAAAGUCUGGCGCAGCCCUUACACGAGAAGUGUAUGUGGGUGUGUUUGUGUUAGAACAGUACACGGGAGGGCUCACCACGGUACUGUAUAUACAACCUGUGUCCUCUCCUCUGCUACAGGGACAGUGACGGACCAUCAACGCAGUCUGUACUAUGCUAUUGAACAAAUCAAUGCUGAGAUUGCCUUUGUACCGCACAAGGUGACUUCCAACUUUUCUACGCUCUCCAGUUUUUCAGCCUUGGACUUGCGCUUAGCAGCACACGUAGAUGAUGCCCAUCGGCAGGUGGGAAUCCGGGUUAAGGACCUCUUCACAGUUGAAGCUGUAGAUGCGGGCACUUCCGUGUUGGAGUUCAUCGCCCACAGUAGGAAGAAGAUCUGGCCACCCUUCAAUCCGUCCAACACCAAACGCAAGGAAACAGAUAUAAUGGUCACACUAUGCAGAGAAAUUUUUGUGCCGCUAUGUCGUGAAGUCCUCCUGGAAAGCAGGUACACCACUCGGAUUUGCCAGAUACCUGAGCUACAGGUUGGUGACCUUGGCCUGGGGUCUGUGGAUACUUGGCAUGGAACCCCGGAUGCAAGACUCAGGGGAAUGGAGGUUGUCUGGCGGAAAGACUCGGGGGAAAUCAGUGAACUCGUUGAGGAAAUUGUCAGUGACAACGAAGGGACUAGUACUGCGGUGGAGGGAAAGGUGCUGUCCAAGGAGGUAAACCUGCCCCAAGCAAUUAGUACGUGCGUCGUGGCUUCCUUCACUGCAAAAGCACGCCACCCUGAGCACAAAGCACUUGUACCAACAGUGCUUAUUGACGAGAAACAGUUUCGUGUCUGCCUGUAUGAUUGCGACAAAGAUGUUUUACUGAUCUCCACAAGCAAACUCCUAGCCACAAAAGGAGAAUUAUCAAGGAGUGGCAUGUCGUUACUCUGGUUGGUAAUAAACCACAGACACUUUCUGCAGGACCUCCCUACUACCCUCAACAAGUAUCCUGCCCUGAUAAAAUCCCGCCUGGAAGCGUAUGGCACACUCGACAAGUUCACUGCUCUGAGAAGCAAUUCAGUGAAUUGGAACGUUGUACAGCAGAAAUGGACUGUUGAGUCCAGUCACUUACCCGUCGGUUUUUUAUCCUCACCUCCAAAACGCCAAAAGAAAGACAGUUGAUGGUGGACGAGAGACAUCCUGUAGUGCCUGUGUGGUGGAUCAGGCUCCCCUUGACUCAGGCUUCUUGUACAAUUACAUCUGUCUACAGUCUAUACAGUCUGUGUAUUCUUGUAUAUACUGUGGAAGUCUUCAUCAUUAUUUCUGAUAAGUCU